AUGGGAGGUACGUCAUACCUGAUGACUCACAAUCCCAAGGACUUUGAGGUCGUGUUCCGGAACGAAGGAGUGUGGCCGCAUCGGCCUGGCAGCGAUACUCUUCGCUAUCAUCGGAAGACUCAUAGAAAGGAUUUCUUCCAGGGAGUGGAGGGAGCUUUACCCACACAAGGAAAAGCCUGGAGCGACUUUCGAUCGGCUGUAAAUCCUGUCCUAAUGCAGCCGAAGAACGUGCGGCUUUACUAUAAGAAGAUGUCCCAAGUGAACCAGGAGUUUGUGCAACGUAUUAAAGCACUCCGUGAUAUCGAUACCCAGGAGGCUCCAGAUGAUUUCUUAAGCGUUAUAAAUCGGUGGACCCUCGAGUCAGUCUCUGUGGUGGCUCUGGACAAGCAGUUGGGACUGCUCAAAGAGUCGGGCGAUAACGACCAGGCUGUGUUACUUUUCAACUACCUGGACGAUUUUUUUGAAUUAACAGCCGAUCUGGAGAUGAAGCCCUCCAUCUGGAGUUACGUUAAAACACCCAAGCUAAUGAAGCUAAUGAAGUCCCUAGAUGGCGUUCAAGAAAUAACUUCAGCGUAUGUAGACGAAGCUAUAGAGCGUCUAGAGAAAGAGGCCAAGGAGGGUGUUGUCCGCCCUGAGAGCGAGCAGAGUACCUCAAGUACCUUUACAGCGGCCUUGCUGUGCCUUGCCAAGAAUCCGGAGAAGCAGGCCGUACUCCGAGAAGAGGUGAUGAAGGUUCUACCCGAGAAGGACUCCGAAUUCACUGAGGCAUCGAUGAAGAACGUUCCCUAUCUACGUGCCUGCAUCAAAGAGUCACAACGGAUCUAUCCUUUGGUCAUCGGCAAUGGCCGAUUUCUCAAUCGGGACAGCGUUUUGAGCGGAUACCAAGUGCCAGCUGGUACCUGUGUGUCGAUGGUUCCCCUGAGCUUGCUAUCAAGCGAGGAGCACUUCCCCAAGGCUGCUGAGUUCCUGCCAGAGCGUUGGAUUCGUAACGCCACAGACUCCAACGGGCAAUGCCCGGCAAAUGACUUGAAGCUGAAGAAUCCGUUUGUGUUCUUGCCCUUCGGAUUUGGACCCCGGAUGUGCGAGAUGACUGGCGAGCAUGUGGAGCAGCUCCAUUUAAUGUGGUCCCUCAUGUUCGAGCCGAAGACAUGCGAGGACUUUCUGCACAAACUCAAGGCGCACGCGGAUAAUUUCUAUACGGAUCUGCUGACCGAGUCGCGGGAGAAGCAGGCGGCCAUCCUGGAUGACAUAGCCGCACUCCGAGCCGAGGCCAGCGACCUCACCCGAGUCCUCCAUGAGACGGUGGACAUUGGUCAGAGGCCCGACGAUGUGCCACUGAUCACAUUGCAGCUGAAGCUGGACAAAAGCAUUGAGCAUCUGCGCGAGGAGCUCUCGAAACGUCGGGCGGAGAUCGGGGAGCUGCUGCUCCAGCAGGAGCAGCUCUGCGAAGAGCUGGGCGCACUGCCGCUCCCUCUACUGGCGGACCCGCUGCCCCUGCCCGAUGAGAUGGACGGCUUUCGCGACCAUCUCGACAACCUGCGCUCUCAGCGCGCAGUGCGCCAGACGGAGCUGGACCAGCUGCGCAAGGCCAUCAAGCAUGACAUGAAGAUGCUCGAGCUGAUGCCCCAGACGAUGCAGAGGAUCGCCUACUGAACGAUCUGAGCACAAUCAAGAAAAAAGCGGAGAUGGAAGACGAGCAGAUCAGGCGUCAUGCCAGAGACCUGCAAGCGGCUGCGGCAGAUGCGCAACAGUUAUGCCGAGCAGAUCCAGGAGCUGCGCUCCAAAAUCCAUGACAUGCGCGAGAAGAUCUACGUGCUGUGGGAUCGCCUCCAGGAGACGGACGAGAGCGCCAUGCGACGAGUGCGCGAGUGCACCGAGAAUACGCAGCGCACCUAUGACAUCCUCCAUUCGGAGCUGCAGCGCUGCCAGGCACUGCGCAGCCAGAACCCCAAGACGUUCAUCGAGCAGCUGCGCGUCGAGAUAAGCAAGUGGUGGGAUCUAACGCUCAAGAGCCAGCAGGAGCGCAAGCGUUUCUCCAACUACUACAAUAAGUAUUACAACGAAGACCUGUUGGAGCUGCACGAGCUGGAGCUGGAUGAUCUGAAGAGCUUCUACACGUGCAACAAGGAGAUUUUCGAUCUGUACGAGAGCCGUGCAGAACUUUGGUCCCGCAUGCAGGCUCUAGACGCAAAGGCCAACGAGCCGAAUCGUUUCAACAAUCGUGGCGGCCAGUUCCUUAAAGAGGAAAAGGAACGCAAGGCCAUCACCUCGAAGCUGCCCAAGAUUGAGCAGCAGAUCACUGAACUGGUGCACGCCUAUGAGGUGCAAUCGCAUGGCCCGUUUCUGGUUUAUGGCGAGAACAUACUGGAGCUGAUGGCUGGCGAAUGGGAGAACUAUCGGCAGGCCAAGCAGAGCUCGGCCCGCAAGAAGGCCCGCCCACCAGGAGGACGGGCAGCAGCAGCAAAUUGA